AUGGCCUUGGUUUGCCCUAAAAAACUCUUGAUCGGAGCAGAUCUAGAGAAAUACCUUCGGGUGAGCCGAGACUUUAUAGCUUCGAUGAAGCUCUUGUCGGACCGGUCCCAGAGGGGUUUCUCGGUGAGCCGAGACUUUAUAGCUUCGAUGAAGCUCUUGUCGGACCGGUCCCAGAGGGGUUUCUCGCGGCGGAGCAACGUGGAGGUGAUGGCAGCAACAGCGGCGGCCGCUUGGUCCCUAGGUUCUAUAUUUUUUUUGCGUUUUGUACCGGACAUUUUUGUGAAAUUUAUUUUGGCUUACUUUAUUAACAGUGUUCUCUGGUGGCCAUCUGGAAGACAUGAUAAGUUGAUCAGCAUUGAUGAUGAAAAUCUUUUCUUAUGGACUUUAGAUUGCUCAAAAAAGGCUGCCCAGGCGCAAUCUAAGCAAUCAUCUGGUAUGCUUCAUUACUUAUCUGGUGGUGCAUGGGAUCAACAUGACAUAAAUGCUGUUGCGACAACUUGUGAAUCAUCAGUCCAGUUUUGGGAUCUACGUACAAUGAAGAAGACAAAUGCAAUUGAGUGUGCCCAUAUCCGCAAUGCUAACUAUGAUAUGAAGAACAAUCAUAUACUUGUCACUGCAGAAGAUGAAUCUGGGAUACACAUAUGGGAUAUUAGAAAGCCCAAAAGUCCUGUCAAAGAUCUUCCUGGACAUACGCACUUGACAUGGGCUGUCACUUGUAACCCUGAGUAUGAUGGUCUCUCUCUGAGUGCUGGCACCGACUCAACUGUUAACUUGUGGAUGGCUCCUACAUCCGCCGAAGAUGAGGCAACCUCUGAAAGCAUAGCUGAAUCACCCACUCAGCAGGCUGACCCGCUGCUUAAUUCUUACAGUGAUUAUGAAGAUAGUGUUUAUGGCCUAACUUGGAGUAGUCGCGAACCUUGGAUAUUUGCUUCUCUAUCCUAUGAUGGCAGGGUGGUGGUAGAAUCAGUUAAGCCAUUCCUUUCAAGAAAAUGAAGGUGUUAUUUGUUGUCCCAAUGGGCUAUUCUUUUGGAGAGCUUGUUUCCAAACAGUGGUCAAAGU